CAAAUUUUCAAAGUUGUAACCGUAUAGUGAAUUCGAAUUAAAUAAACGUAAACAAAGAAUAGGAAACGAAAUAUAAAUAUUGUAUCUUUAGCGUAGGGUGUAAAUAAUACUCUAUAAUUAAGCAGUAUACAGUAAACAGAAAACCUUAUUUAAAAAUGACUAACCAGAAACAGUUAAAAAUUACAAAGCUUUUUCGUAAAGGCGCUACAAAAGUGCCUGAAGAUUGUGAAGAAAUACAGCAAAAAAUACAAGAACUAGAGGAAAAGUUACGUUCUAAACAAGAAGAGUGGUUUCAAAUACAGCGUCAUUCCUACAAACGCAAAGCAUCUGCACCCAAACCAAAGAAAGAUGCAUUUGUCAAACCUGAUAAAAUAGUGUUAAACAGUGCUGUGGAGACAAUGAAGAGAAAUAUAGAAUUAAUAUCACUGCUGACAGGCGUGGAGGUGCAGUCUUAUGUGAUGCAUGAACAUUGCUGUAUUGUGUACCACAUGCAACACCUGUCUGAGCACCAGAUUAAACAUGGACUAAGAAUUGAUAUGAAAUCAGGAGGCAAUGAAGUAACAAAGAGUUCUUUACCAAUGGGUUUUAAUUUAAAUGCAAUUAUAAAAGAUUAUGAUAAUGUCAUGAUGCCAGAUUGCCUGAAUGCUAUAAAGAAAGCCUUACUUGCAUACUAUGAUAGAUUGGAGCAGUAUGAAGCAUUGAAGAAACUGCUAAAAGUAGACGGUCGACUAUUCAAGACCUUAGACAGUUCUCACAUGGAGAUAGCAUUCUUUGCUCAGAGUGAUGCGGAAGAGCAAGAUGAACAGCUGUCUGUCACUCUUAUACUGGAUUAUAGAGUUUAUGAUAUAAGACCAAAAAAUAUUACCUUCAAAGAAAUUGAUCUUCCUGAAGGUGUAUCAGAAACCCUGAGAGAACAGUGUAUAAGUCUAAAAAAGAAACCGCUUCAUAGAGCCUUCAAAGAUAUAUUCAUAGAUGGCAUUGGACCUUAUAGAUUGGUACAACAGCUGGGACCACGCAGAGAAACGAUCCAAGUAAGAAAUAAAAGAUUUCGACCAAACAAACAUAACUACAAUAAUGACGAUACUUUCCUCCCCGAGGACUGCUCGGACCAGGGCGAGGAGGAAGAGUAUGUGGAAUGACACUAGAUUUAAUAUUUUAACAAUAGAUUAUUAUUAAUUGAAAGGGUUAUGAAUUCGUGAAACUGGUUUCAAAAUGUUUUGUUUUUCUGAUUCAGGUUACCGCUUUGACGCCCGAGUUCUUGUGUCAAAAGCUUUGUGUCGUCACAUAAUAAUAUUUAAAUAUGUAUGCACUAAAUUCAUUUUUUUUUAUUUUUAUAAAUACAUGUGUAAAAUUUGUGAAAGUGUGACGUAAGGGGAGAGGGGGUUUCUUAAAAUAUGAAAACCGUAAUUUAUUGAUGGCUCCUUACAAGGACAUGUAUUCAGCUUGCAAAAUAAAACACACGAAUUAUUAAUAAUAAUUUUAUUUCAAAUAGAAAAUGAAUUUUUACAACACUUCCUAGCUAUCAUACAUACAGUUCAUAAAACGUGACAGUAAAUACAAUUUAUGUCUAUAAUUUCAAAUCCAUACCUAUCGUUGAUUAUUGUUCAAUAAAAAAAUAUAAAAUAAAACAUUGCCAUAAUUUGCACCUACAACAUUAUGUUCUAAUCGUCUAGUCUUUGUGCGCAGUCGAUUUAAUUUCACUAUACUUUCGAACACACUAAAUUUACGAUUGCAAUAUACCUUAUUUUGCAUAAAACCUUUAUUCCAUAGAAUAUAAAGGUUUAUUUUAGUGACAUUUUUGUGACAAAAUUUAGCUUUAAGAGAGCUACAAAUUAAUUAACAAAUCAAUUCCAGAUGCCUCCAUUUUAUUUUUCUACUGGAAUCUGGAAUGCUUAGAACUUUUAUUACAAACAUUACUAGAUAUAGACUAAGUAAAAAAAA